UCGUAUUUUGAACCCCGUUUAAAGUGGACGCGUUUUCGUCGAUUCGCAAGAGCAAGUGAGAGCGCGCGCGUUGUGGAAAAUACGGAAAUUGCGGUAUUUAUGGCAAUCGGUGUUUGAAGUUUUCCCUGCUGCUUUCCGGGAACCCGUUUGGCGAUAUUCCAACGGAUGGUCAAGUUUUGGUUAGUGUUUCGUGGAGCGUGAAUUGUACGUGGUCGGGAACGGAAGGGGAUUAUACCCGGGUGGGCUUGAAGCGUCCUUUUUCGCGAGGAUUCUGUUCUUUACGAGUCUGUUGGCCGGCUGGUGUUUAGAGAGCAUUGUAGCCUUGUCCGGUCUAAUUGGCUCGAAACUAAAUUUAGAGAAGAACGAAGAUUUACAACUUCGCCGGUUGUGGCUACCACGUCUGGUUGGACUCCUACCGAGCGCGGAGUUUAUCGAUGGAGAAUCGAUCGUAGUGGUUUCGUGGUGUUUUUCCGCGAAUAAUUGCCUUCGGUGGCCCGGAGUGUGAAAUUUGCUCUGACGAGAAGAAUUUUUCAGUCUACCUACAUCGGCAAAAAGUGCACAGUUUGGUUACGCACGGACGAGGAAAAUCUUCCUGACCCAGCUGUUUGGCCACUCUCGGUUCGUUGUGCACUUGAAUCGCGCUGUGUUGUGGUCGUCAAUCUGCUGCUACAGAGAGACGCGAAUCACGGGAAAUGUGAAUGUUGUUAGCUUCUAUACGAUACAUUAUAAAUUUUCGAUCCUAGAGAGAUUAAAAAAAAAGUGUAACUAACAAAACCUUCAAAUCAUAGGAUCAUUUAUUUGUCAGUGUUACAAAAAGUGCAUGCUGCAUUCUGCAUAAAAAAUACGGGGAAAAUUGCCAACAAGGAAUCCUAGAAAAAAAAAUUGCAUGGGCCCAAACCAGCAAACUAUUCACACGCACUCACACGUACAUACCGAAUAGUUUGCAAAGUGGCAGUGAAAAUAGUGUGUCCAUUUUUUUUUCGGUGAAUCGUGCCUGAUGGCCAUGUGUUGUGUUCUACAAGAAUGAGCGCGUAAAUUGUUGGUGUAAUAAAAAUAGCUAGGCGUGAGUUCACACACCAAAACAAGUGGCGUAUUUUCUCCCACAUAUGUUUGUUCAGCUUUGAUCGCACGCACGUGUGCGCUGUCGUUAUUUCAAAUUACUCCACCACCCCAAAUUUUCUAUCUACCGAGCUGCUCCGGUGUUCUCGUCGGUGAACGUCAUUCUUUUCCUGCGUUAUUGGUUGGGCUGUUUUAUUUUUUCUUCUUUCUUCAACUGGUGCCGGCUGAGGGAAUUCAAACCGUACAUAGUGGCGAGCGAGUCCUGGAACAGCAUCCUCGAGGCAAGGCAAAGCAAGGUGUUUACUUAGAGAAAGCCUCGGAGAACGACAGCUCAGCACAUUAAGUUCUAACCUGAGUGUGUGAACAGCAGCGCGCUCUGGGUUUGGGUGUUGGGUGAUCACACGUGUGUGUUUGUGGGCGGGUGUGUGUACAUAUUCUAGAGUGUGUUUUUUUCGGGAAGGAAAAGGCAAGUACACCUGAACCUCAGAUUUUCCGCGGAAAAGCCGGUGUUGAGGAACGACGACGACAACACAACGAGGCCAAAAAGCAGGAUUUUCUUCACCGACACCGUAGAAACGGAAACGAGCGCACGCGGAAAACAUGGAUAAAUUCAGCACCGUAAAAAUUGGAUUACUCUGUUUACUUUUUGGAGUUUGUGCGGCAGUGAAAAUAACGAGUCUGAAAGUGCCAUCCACCUACCUGUUAGAUAAGACUUCCAAGAAUCCGGAUCCGCUGAUACUGGACUGCGAGUACGAUGUGGACGAGAGCGAAAAAGGAUUUGUGCUGAAAUGGUUCCUCGAUGGACAACCCGUUUACCAGUGGAUUCCGACAAAGAAUCCCUUUCCAUUCCAAUCGUUCAAAAACCGAGUUGAUACCAGCUACGUGGUGUCCCAGGAGCGGUUACACAAGCACCGGGCAAUGGCAAUCAUCAAACCGUUGGCCAACUUCACCGGGGAAUAUGCCUGCAUGGUGCAGACAUUUGCAUCCAUCGACCGGAAGUCGGCCAAGCUGAAAAUCAUCGUUCAGGAGUCCAAGUUCGAUCUCAACUACUACCUGAACGGAGACGGCUUCAUCACGGUUGACUGCCACGCGCGAGAUAUCUCGCCGCUGCCGGAGCUGCAGAUUCGAAUCAACGAUAAAUUAUUCGAAACGCAAAAGCUCAAGUCGGUGCAGGGUGAGAAUAAUUUGUACAACGUGUCCAUCAGCGGCAGCAUUCCGAAGGAGGACCUGGAAAGUCCGACCACGAUCGAGUGCUUCCUGAUGGUCCCGGAGACGAACUACACCAAGAAGCGGUCGACGAUUUAUUACGCGCGCAAAACUAAAACUAACACUGAACCGCUUCCAGAAACGCUUCUGCGAACAACUACCAGCACAAUAGCGACAACUACCCUGAUCGGGAUGCUUCAGGCGGCACCGGAAAACCUGAUUAAAAAGGCGCUGAACGCGACCGACGGCAACGGAAGUAGGGCCACCGGGCUUCCGGACCAGCUGCGAACCACUUCCGGCCUGAUAGCAACGCUGGCCACCAUCCUGCUCAUCUUCACCUCGACGCUGUUGUAGACAAACCUGAAGCAUUACACGGCCCAGGUCGAGAUCCGUGAUCGAUAUCUGCAUCAUCAGCGGCUACGAGAGGGUUUGUUUGUGGAAAACAAACAGCGAAUCGUGGUUGAAAAACGCUGAGUUGAGGGGACUGGGGGGUAACUUUUUUGUGGUAUUUUACUGAUAAAAAAUAGGACUAACAAAAAAAAACAUACAACGCGUGUCUUCGAGGCGUAGAUUGUGGGAACCAACGUGGAUGUGAUGAUAUUUUUUUCGUUUUUCGUUUUCGAUGUUUGCGACUAAGCGAAUAAACUAAAAGCAUCAUGAUUGGAAAAUGCAAAAUAAAUCGGAUGGGGUAGGAACACAAAAAUGGUGUGUAGAUAUCGUAGUAAUUGAAAAGUGUGUGGCAGGUGAAGCGAAAAUCGAGUUAGGAGUAUGUGAAUGUGUUAUAUUGUUAUUCAUAAACAAAACCACUGAGAGUGCUUGUGAUUCGAAAUAUUUAAAAGAAAACCUAUCCUUGGACCUUUAAAAAACUCUAAAACCUAAAUCCAAAAUUUGAAACCAAUCAAAAAAUGCUCUGUCUCCAGUAGUCGUAACCAAUAAGUGUUGAAUUGUGCUAGUUUAUAUCUGACCAUUGAAUUUAGUAAUUAAGUUUGUCGCAAUCAAUAAUUUAACAGUACCAAAAAUAUCGAAAGUAAGACGUCUAGAUUUCAACAUUGAUUUUUCUUAGAAUGUAGAACGCCAUUUAUGUUUAAGACGAAGAAACUGGCUAAUUCUUUGGUUAAUAUGAGGAACACUUUUGACUUUUGUUGGUAUGAUCGUGCCAUAAUUAUUUUAAAAAAAUAUUAAAAAUGUUGGAAAGAAUUUAUAUUUCUCCAUAGUUCUUAUAAUCAAGUAUUGAAAUUUAAAUUUAAAAUUAAGACUUCAACGAUAGAAAGGUUAAAGUUAAAACUCAAGCUCUCACGAUUUUCAUUAAAGUUAAUUGAAAGCAGAUUAAGUUUUUAAUCAUAAGUCUUUGACAUUUUUUAUUGCUUGGGGUUACUUCACAAUUGAAAGUGCUUUUAAUUUUGGAACGAUACAUAAGAAGAUAAAGAGAAAUACUGCCUUUCACAGAUUGUAUAAAAUACCAUUCUUUGAGAGUUGACAUUACUUUUUUGAAGUUCGCAUUCGUAUCUCAAAUUUUGAAUACAUUUUUUAAGUUUGAAUUCACAAUCAUAUCAUUGGCUUAGAAAUAAAAUUUGCAAUAAAUUAAGAGAAAUUUCGAAACUUCACCAUGAAAUUGACACCUACUCUAGUUGCUUCAUUUCAUUUGAAAUUUAAUGUUUCUUCGUCUAGCACAACCUUAAAACCAAAGCCCUAUUCUAGAUCUAUAUCGAUAAUUAUUAUCAUCUCGAAACCAAAAACUAACUAAAAAAGUAGCCAACUAUUCUAUAAAUUUCGAAAUGGGUACGCAAAACUCAAUAGUCAUUCGAUCGUAAGUAGUUGAAUGUUUUUAUAUAGAUUUUUUAUAUUUGUACAACGGAACUCAUCUCAUAUUGAAAGCUGUCUAAAAACUAAUAAAAAAAAAACCACCACAACCACCACAACAAAAUGAAACUAAAUUUAUGAAAAAAAAAACAAUUCAUCCACCAAAACUUAAAUGAAAUACAAAACCUAAGAUCUGUUGAACUUCAGUUACCAACCAUCAGUUUGUGCAAAUGCACAUGUGCAUCCUAGUAAAAAAAACAAGCCGCGUGAUUACUAAACAAAAUAAAACGAACCACUGACCUAGCUUAACUGAAACUGAAAAAAAGAACUUCACAACCAGCAAAAGGUGCAGUAGAGAAACGAAACUAAACGAGAGAAACAAUUAUUGAAAUUAAUCAAGUAUUUUACACAGCCAAGGAGGAUGGAAAAAAUAAACGAUGCCUUACGAACAAAAAAUAUAUAUUAAAGAAACCAACUUUUUUAAGCCACUCGAAUAUUCGCGCCAGUAAUUCGAAUGAAAGUCUUCGGGAAAGAGGCAGCAAGCAGUUUGAAUCGAGAAAAGAAAGAUCGUAAAAAGAAGAUGGUGUACUAAAUUUACCAAAAAAAAAAACCGAAACGAAAAAACGUAACAAAAGCGAAUUGGUGAUAGUUUACCGAGAAAAAAGUAAAAAAAUUAAAACGAUUCAGCCCAAAAUGUUCUAAAUCAUGGAAGAAGCGACAGUCAUGGGAAGGUCCAAAAAACGGGAGAUUUUUCUUGUGGUAAAAAAAAUCCAAGCUAUGAUGAGUAAGGGUGGCAAAAAAAAGCGAAGCGAAAGAACAAACAUAUGCAUCUAUAUAUAGUCAUUAAUUUAUAUAUAUGAACAAGAUAAAAACAAAACAAAAAACUCAGCAUUCACCUAUUCAAGCGACGAUGAUGAUUGUCAAAAAACAAAACAGAAAAGUUAAAAAAAAACACACACACAAUUAGAAAACCGCCUAUUCAAUUGGAAGAAAAUAUUAAAUUUCGCUGCAAGUUCUCUACAUAUAAAGGUAUAUUGUAGGUAUGUAAAAACAGAAGAAAAAACCAAUGCAACAGCAAACAACAAAAACAUCACUUAUUUUUCGGUUUUUAUAAACAGAUGUCAAAGAUGUCAAGCGAAAGGUUCCAAGAAUGCUAAAUUGUCAAAAUUAAAAGGACGAGCGAAAC